AGAAGCCGCAAAAGCCCCUCGCAUUGGUCUCUGGUCGCCCUCCUGUCCCCUCAGCCCUCUCUCUUCCAUAAUCCUCAGCAGCCAUGCAGUCUGUGGUGUGCGCCGCCCUGCUCAUCGUCGCCGCAUCGGCCCAUGAGGCCUUUGUGCCGCCCACCACUCCUCUGAGAGGGUAAGACCACAGGCAGGCAGACGGUCAUUCACUCAGACACAGUUCAGCUCAGCAGCGCGGAUCAGAGCGGACUCCUGAGGCGGACACAGGUGUGCUUGUCAUGUCAUGAUGUGGUCAUGCGUGUCAGGCUGACCAGGACAGGUGCGCCCCGCACCGCACCUCAGAUGGUGACUGAUGACGUCCCGGCGUUCGCUAAGGUGGGUUACCUGUCUGCAUGGAGGGUCACAUUCAUUUGAGAUCGUCUCACCUUUGCCUCUCCCGGUGUGUUGUCUGCAGGACGAUGCAGGCAUCACCGCGCCCCUGGGCUACUGGGACCCUAUUGGCCUCGCCAAGGACGAGGAGGUACGCAUCCGUCUAUUGCGGACACAGCGAGAUAACGCGUCUUGAUGCUCUGUGGGUGACAUGUAUCGUGUGGGAUGUGGCUGCGUUGUCUUGUUUGUGUCUGUUCAAACGCAGACCUUCCAGUUUUACCGGCGCGCUGAGAUCAAGCACGGGCGUGUUGCUAUGCUCGCCAUUAUCGGCUACGUGGUGCCCUACUACUUCAAGUUCGACGGCUGGCUCGCCACCAGCCCCGAGCUCAAGUUCGCCGACAUCCCACCUGGUCAGUCACUCCGUCGGUCCGCCACAUCACAUAGAUUCAUCGUCUGGACACCGCUAGGAUGGACAGUGGUCUCUGUGUGUGGUUUCUUUCCAUGAUCUAUCUACCAGGCAUUGAUGCCAUGCAGGUCAUCAGCGGCGCCGGCCUGGCCCAGCUGUUCUUCUUCAUCGCUUUCCUCGACAACAUUGUCUUCCCCGUCGCCAAGGGCGGCUCCGGCCUCUACGUAAGACAGCACUACUGAUGUCUUUGAUGCACUGGUUGAUGUGUUGCCUUAUCUUUCGAUUGAUCUAUCAGAGUGGUCUCGAUGUCGGCCCUGGCUUCUGGUGGAAGGGCCCUGAGGACCCCGAGCAGUUCAAAGGCUACCAGGCACGCGAGAUCAACAACGGCCGCCUGGCGAUGAUCGGCAUCAUGGCGGCGAUGGUGCAGGACCUCGUCACCGACAAGCCCUUCCCGUUCACCUCCAAGUAGACUGACUGACAGACAGGCAGAGUGGCUG